AUGGUCUGUGGCAGCUAUGGUGGUGGCCAAACGGGGCUGGAAAGCCCUUUCGUUGGUGGAAAACGCAAAGGUACCGUCGACGGUAUUGAGAUCAUCGAAUUUGACUUGGCGUACUCCAACAGCGAUGGCCUGUUCGUUCGAGCGCUCAGCUUUUUGAAGUUUGCAGUGCGCAGUAUCGGUAUUGCACUAACCGAGCGUUACGACUUGGUUUUUGCGACCACGACGCCUUUGACAGCCGGUAUACCCGGGAUAUUCGCCCGGUGGUUUCGCAAUAAGCCGUUUAUAUUCGAGGUGCGGGACCUCUGGCCCGAGCUGCCGAAAGCGAUGGGUGUCAUUCGUAAUCCGGUAAUCCUUGCCGCCAUGUCUUUUCUUGAGUGGGCAAGCUAUCGCUCGGCUCACCGGGUCAUUGGGUUGUCGCCGGGUAUUGUGGAUGGCAUUGCGCACCGCGGUGUGGCGCGUGAUCGGAUCGAAAUGAUCCCAAACGGUUGUGACCUGGAUAUUUUCAACACGCCUGCUGAGCCAUGGUUGCCGGCUGGAGUGGAUAAAAGUCAUCUGGUAGCGGUCUUUGCGGGUACGCAUGGGGUGGCCAACAAGCUGGACGCGGUGCUCGAUGCGGCUCGAGAGCUGAAACUGCGAAAGCGCGAUGAUAUCCGGCUGGUUUUGAUCGGGCAGGGCAAGCUCAAGCCCGCGCUUCAGAAGCGUGCAACGGAAGAACAGCUGGACAAUGUGAUAUUUCAUGACCCGGUGAACAAAGCCCGGUUGUCCGGUUUGAUGGCCAGCGCGGAUCUGGGGCUGCAAAUAUUGGCAAACGUACCGGCCUUUUACUACGGAACGUCGCCUAACAAGUUUUUCGACUAUAUCGCUUCGGGGCUGCCUGUUUUAAAUAACUAUCCAGGCUGGCUCGCCGAGAUGAUUUCCACGGAAAACUGCGGUUUUGUCGUACCUCCUGAUGAUGCUGCUCUUUUCGCAGAUGCGUUGAUACAGGCGGCAGAUGAUCGUGACGAGCUGCGGGCCAAGGGCGCACGAGGCAGAGAAUUGGCGGUCAGAGAGUUUGACCGACGUAAGUUGGCUGAUCGGUUUGUGGAUUGGCUGGAGGGUGUUGCCAGA